AUGUGCUUACGUUCACCGGUUCACAAGGAGUCUGAAACUUUCAAACUCGAUGUCGAACAUUACAUCUUCGCCUUCAGAGACUUGAACAAUUCAAACUCCAAACCCACUGGCAUCAAACCUAUCGCAUCGUUUACUUGCGAAUUUUCGUCACGCUACCAGAAUCGCAAGAGACCUGUGCCUUUUGAUCGUCGAUAUGUCUCCAUUUCUGGCUUCCUCACAAACGUUAUGCAUAAACCAAAUUCUGAAGACAUCGUUGAGUGUUUUACGGUCUCAAUUGAUCAUAUUGCAUUCUUGGGGCAGCAAGGUACUUCUACAGCUAUUCCGAAUACAUUGGAUAGUCCCUAUAAGACGCCGCGUCGUGGAAAAAGCCUGAUCGACUACAAAUGUGCCAGUAGUCCAUCUACACCAAUUACAACUACCAUCGUUUCACCAGUUUCACCUACCAUGCCAGCCACUCCGACUCCAGCUCAAGGCCCUCCUUGGAAGCACCAACGCGUCGAAGCAGAUCAAUCCUCUGACUCGAACUCAGUUCCUCCUUGGGCCAGGUUUUCUUGGUUUGGACACGAAACCAGAACACAGAACCUUCAAAAACAACUGGCGUCUGCCGAAUAUUCAGCAUGGAUUGCAGAGUUAUGGUCCGUCAAGUCGUUACACAGAAUUCGGAUUAAGAACGCAAUGCAGAGGCGCCCAUUGGCUGCCAGUGACUUUGCACGUUCAUAG